GUGGCGACAGUUUUCAGAUCGAUACUAUCGAUAUAGCUAUAUAAUAUCGAUAGUAUCCGAGCUCUAGAACGGUCAAAGGGGGACGAGUGCAAGAAUCAUAUUUACUGAAAGAAUUGUGAAUUUGCAGCCACUAAAUUCUAUCUACACAAAAAAUAAAAUGAAAUCUUCUUAGUAAGAUAUUAGGUUACUUUCUGUAAUCACUGAAACAACUUUAUACAAUUGGUACCGGAAGUAGAGGAUUAAAGCCUCAGUCAACUAUAAAAUUGCCAUUAUGGAGCCAUCGGCCUGUGAAGAUUUAAAAGCCUUUGAGCGAAGACUAACGGAAGUAGUAUCUUCUUAUGGACCAUCUACAAUGCGAUGGCGAAUUCUUGCCACCAUUUCCAUAUGCACAGCAAUUGGUGCCUUUUAUUGGCUCCGGGAUCCGCGAACAUCUAUAGUGCCUUUAAUGGAGUCUCUGCUCUUGCAUCCCAUAUUCACCUUUGCUACAUUGGCGCUCGCCAUUCUCUUUAUUAUGGGCAUUCACAAAUUGGUGUUUGCACCAAAAAUUAUAACAACACGAAUGCGCACCGUACUUAGUGAUUUUAAUAUGAGUUGCGACGAUACAGGAAAGCUUAUUUUGAAACCUCGACCCAACAAUAUUUUGGACGGUUGUGGACGUUAACCAAAGCACAAAAUGAUGCGAGACGAGCAUACGGGCGCCGGUUCAGCUCAGACUACAUUUAAUAUCGCCACAACGCUGUGCAUUGAUUUCAUAAAGUGGCCGUUUUCAAAAUAUGUAUGUGCAUAUAUAAAGGGCAUGGAUGCUUACAAUCUACUCGAUGG